AUGGCGAUCCGUGAGAACAGAGCAAGAGCUCGGGGCGAACUUGCGAUCUUCAAGAAUUGGUUUGGAAUCGUGAGCGUUAUGAACAUAUUGGAUCUUGCAUGGGGUUCAUUGAAUACCCAUUGGAUGCCUUUUAGAUUCCGAGUUUCGUUAAGAGGUAUUAAUAGCGGAUUUGGACAGAAGAUUCUCAAGUCGAGUUUCAGAAUGAUUCCAAGCAACGGGUCAAAACGCAGCAGCGCAGUCACAGAAUCACGGUGGCGUGGUUCUAUCCAAGGGCAUACCCUUCGAUUUAACCAGACCAAGCCUUCUCGCUGGGAUCCUCUGGGGAUUUCGUCGCCAGUCCUAGGGAGAUCUAGGUGA